UGCAUUUUUCUUUCUAAUGAUGGAAGAAUUCUUCAAAGAGUUGCCUUCAGCUUUUGUUUCAACCCCUUUGACAUGUUCUCGUGGUUGGACUAGAGGAAUGCCUCCACCAACCACAACGAGUAAAUUACUCUUUUCAACUUAUAAAAACCAUAUCGAGACACGGUUGGGACUCCCAGCAUCAACCAGACAGAGAUUCGUAACAGGAACGUUCUCCAAAACCUUUUUUAGAUCCCAAGUGUCGUCGAAUACCUCUUUGAAAGCCUCUGCAGUUCCUGUUGAGGAAAAUGCGUUAUCCAAGGACGCGCGAACUCCGAGUUUUACCGAAUCGGAAGAUGCUACUGUGAGAGAAUAUGUUUCGGCAUUGGCAAACAACGGUGACCCACACGUACCUCAAAUACAUAAUGAUAGCCAAGUUUUGGACAGUGUUUUUGGAAAAAAUAGUGGUAACUCUAGACGUGAGCUAUUCUUGCAAGAAUCUGGGAGCACAACCAAAGCAGUUCACGGUGGAGAACAAAAAAGGCAGGGGAAGAAAGCUAGAGCGAUAUUGGAUGCAAUAGCUAUGCCAAUUGUGCAAAGUUCUACUUUUACCUUUCGUUCUUCGAGUGAUUGUAUCGCAUAUAAUCAAGGCCAAUACGACUCUUUCGAAUACGGUAGAUAUGGAAAUCCCACGACGAGAGCUGCUGAAGAAAAGAUAAUGAUGUUAGAGGAGGCAGAGGAUGCCCUAGUAUCUGCAUCAGGUAUGAAUUCGGUAACAACGAUGUUGUUGGCACUAUUAUCGCCCAAUGAUUGUUUGGUGACUACCAGAGACUGUUAUCGUAGAACUCGUCAAUUUUUACAAACCGUACUGCCUAGAAUGAAUAUACAAACGAUUGUAGUGGAUCCUGCAGACACAGCAAGUGUAGAAGCUGCUCUAAAAAGAGGAGCGAGGCUCUUCUUUUCAGAGAUGCCGACCAAUCCUUUGAUUCGGGUGAUUGAUGCGAAAAGUAUUAUUGAGCUUUGUCAUAAAUAUGGGACUGUUUGUUGUAUUGACUCUACUUUUGCUACUGCGUAUAAUUUCAAGCCACUUUGCAUGGGAGCUGAUCUUGUUCUUCACUCUGGCACGAAGUAUUUAGGAGGACAUAAUGAUUUGAUGUGCGGUGUCUUGGCUGGCAAGAAGGACUUGUUGGAAAGGAUUCGUUCUUUGCAUGGAAUAUUGGGUGGAGUAGUUGAUCCUCAUUCAUCCUAUUUGCUUUUAAGAGGAAUGAAGACUUUGCCGUUGAGAAUGCGCGCUCACAAUGAGAAUGCUGCUGCACUUGCUCAAGAAUUAAGUCAACAUCCCAAAAUUGCCAAAGUUCAUUACCCUUCAUUAAGUAACCAUCCCGAUUAUUCUGUAGCCAAAGCCCACUUUAAGAAUGGGUUUGGAGGGGUAUUAUCUUUUGAGAUUUGUGGGGACCCUUUUGGAAUGGAUACUUUUGCAGCGGGUAUUCGUUUUGUCGAUGCGUUAAGUAUUCCUCAUAUUGGUCCAUCACUUGGAGGUGUCGAGUCGUUGGUAGAACAAGUUUGUAUCAUGGGGUAUUUUGAUCAACCACAAAAAGUACGUAGGGAACUAGGAAUAACCAAUGGUCUUAUUCGGUUUUCAUGUGGCGUUGAAGAUAAGACCGACUUGUUAAAUGAUGUGCUUCAAGCAUUAGAAGCCGUAUAAAGAUUAUUCCAUUUUGAGUGUUUUACAAUUCAUUUUUGAUUAAAAAAAAGUGGUUCAUC